AUGGACACCUCUACUAGGGCGGCCAAGAUCCCCUCCCUCCCCCAACAGACGGAGAUCAACUGGGACAACCUCGACAUGACCAAACUCUAUGUGGUGGGGGCCGGCAUGUUCAGCUGCGUGACCGUGGCGCUCUACCCGGUGUCCGUGAUCAAGACCCGGAUGCAGGUGGCCUCCGGGGAGGCCAUGAGGAGGAACGCCCUGGCCACCUUCAAGAACAUCCUCAAGGUGGAUGGGGUGCCUGGGCUCUACCGGGGGUUUGGGACCGUCAUCACCGGGGCUAUCCCGGCUAGGAUCAUCUUUCUCACGGCGCUCGAGAAGACAAAGGCGACUUCGCUCAAGCUUGUCGAGCCACUUCAGCUGUCAGAGUCGAUGGAGGCUGCCCUUGCUAAUGGCCUUGGUGGUUUGACAGCGUCUCUGUGCUCGCAGGCCGUGUUUGUGCCCAUUGAUGUGGUUAGCCAGAAAUUGAUGGUUCAAGGAUAUUCUGGUCAUGUCAGAUAUAAGGGUGGAAUAGAUGUUGUUCAAAAGAUUAUGAAGUCUGAUGGGCCAUGGGGGUUGUACAGAGGAUUUGGCCUGUCUGUUAUGACGUAUGCACCGUCUAGUGCUGUUUGGUGGGCAAGCUAUGGGUUCAGCCAGCGUAUGAUUUGGAGUGCUCUUGGCCAUUUGAAUGAUAAAGAAGAUGCUCCUAGUCAGUUGAAAAUAGUCGGUGUUCAAGCAACAGGGGGAAUGAUUGCUGGGGCAGUGACCUCUUGUGUUUCAACUCCUCUAGAUACAAUCAAAACCAGGCUGCAGGUUAAUCAAAACAAGCCAAAAGCCAGUGAGGUAGUUAGAAGAUUGAUCGCUGAAGAUGGAUGGAAAGGUUUCUACAGAGGGUUAGGUCCAAGGUUUUUCAGCUCAUCUGCUUGGGUUUCCUUCUGGUUUUGUCCCCAGAGCGUGUAUGUGCUAAAGUUGAAGAGUGUGCAGAAUGUUAGGGGCCCGUCCAAGACUUUCCCCAAGCAUGAAACCAGGCACAUCUCCGAUCAUAAGAAUGUUGCCAGAUGUGCAAAAUUUAGUCCUGAUGGGAAAUAUUUUGCAACUGGAAGUGGGGACACAUCCAUUAAGUUCUUUGAGGUAUCGAAAAUUAAGCAGACGAUGCUAGGAGACUCCAAAGAAGGCUCUGGCCGGCCUGUGGUCCGUACAUUUUAUGACCACGUGCAGCCCAUCAAUGAUCUGGAUUUCCAUCCUAUUAGCCCAAUACUGAUAUCUGGAGCAAAAGAUAAUACGAUAAAGUUCUUUGACUUCUCCAAAACUGCUGCAAGAAAAGCAUUCAGAGUUAUUCAGGAUACUCAUAAUGUUAGGUCUGUAUGUUUUCAUCCUUGCGGGGAUUACAUUUUAGCAGGGACUGAUCACCCAGUAGCUCAUCUCUAUGAUGUAAACACUUUCACAUGCUUCUUAUCCGCAAAUCCGCAGGACUCUAGUGCUGCCAUCAACCAGGUGCGUUACUCGGGUACUGGGAGCAUGUAUGUGACUGCUUCUAAGGAUGGUUCUCUGCGCAUCUGGGAUGGAGUAUCUGCUGAAUGUAUCCGUCCCAUAAUUGGAGCACAUGGAUCUGUAGAAGCUACGAGUGCAAUUUUCACCAAAGACGAGAGGUACAUCCUAUCCAGUGGAAAGGAUUCGUGUAUAAAGUUAUGGGAAGUUGGCACCGGAAGACUUGUGAAGCAAUAUCCAGGUGGUGUUAAUACACAAUUCCGGUGUCAGGCUGCCUUCAACGAAACGGAGGAGUUUGUACUAUCAACCGACGAGCAAAACAAUGAGGUUGUCAUCUGGGACGCACUUACUUCCGAGAGGGUGGCAAGAUUGCCCUCUGGCCAUACCGGCGCCCCUAGGUGGCUGGAGCACUCCCCUGUAGAGCCAGUGUUUGUUACAUGCGGAAACGAUCGAUCCGUCAGAUUCUGGAAAUAA